CCGGCCACACCUGCGGCGGGGGAAGCGCUGGGCGCAGACGGGGCGGCGGCGGCGGCAGCACCAUGACGGUGGGAGCGCGGCUGGGCAAGGCGAGGAGCCGCUUCUCCCGCCGUGGCACCGGCGACGACCGGGUCAACAUCCUGCCCGGCGGCGAGGAGGAGGAGGAGGAGGCGGCGGCGGCGGCGGGGGGGAGCAGCGCGGUGGCCCCACGGCCGGUGGCGCUGGAGGAGGAGGAGGAGGAGGAGGAGGAAGGCGCUGGCCGCAGGAAGGUGCGCUUCGCCCUCCUGCCCGACGCCUACGAGCCGCUGCGGCCGCCGCGGGCCCCCGGCAAGCGGCACUACGGGAAGCGGCUCAAGAAGUACGGCAAGAAUGUCGGCAAAGCUCUGCAGAAGGGAUGCCGCUACUUGGUGGUCGGCCUGCAAGGACUGGCAUCGGCUUAUUCUGCUCCCUUUGGAGUGGCAGCUCAAGUGGCAUCCUUCAUCCGCUAGUGCAGCCCCAUCAGCAAGGACAUGAGGCCACUUAGGGUUAAAUCUGAGCCCUGCAUCUGAGAAACCUCUUGGACAAACAGCCCCAGCGCCUCCACCAAUCUGGGGGAACCCAGGACUGAGCGCUCCUCUCGGCAAAUACUUCCAGUGCUGCACUAAAUCAGAUCAGGUCAAAGAAAUACAAGGAUGAGGAAAUAAUCUUCCACAAAUGGAGCUGAAGUUUGUUCUCGGACAAGAGUUGGUUUUCUAGAGCUUUGUGCUGUAUGUGGAAGGGAGCCAAGGAUGGGGGGGGAAAGCAAGUAGAUGAGGGAAAGAGAAAUGAAGGAAAAUAGAGGAUGGGGAGGUGGAGAUCAGAGUCUGGCUGAUGAGAGGAAUUCCUCCAAAGCGAUGGAGGAAGCAGAUAAUGAAGGAUCAGGAAAAGGUAGUCUUUGGUUUUCUGAGGUUGUUUUGUUGGGUUAAGAUUAUGAGUAUAUUAAAAAUAUACUUGGAUAUGAAUGGACUGUGGUCUGAGACACGGACAGCUUUGCUGCAUCAUGAUUGUUCAUUUCAAACACUGGGCAUCGUGAGCCGUUAACUGUUAAGACUGAUCUAAAAAUCCAGAAAGGAAAUGAAACGUGUUUGUUUUCUGAUUUAGGGGCAUUAGAGGUUCGCUGUGAUUGGUGUUUUAAGCUUUUCCUCUGCUGCUGUGAAAUCUGAAUGUAUUUUUUUACUGAGAACAGAGUUUGUGUCUGACAUACCUGAUUCUGGAAGCUGGGGCAUGAGAACACUCAGUUUCUGUGGUGUUCACCAUGAAAAAACAACAGAUUAUCAGGUGCAUCUGAAAAGAACUUCAUUCAGCCUUUGGUGUAAGAAUGUACAACCAUUUGGGGUAAGAAUGGGGCCAAAAAACCUGCCAGCUCCAUCUUCAUUUCCAUGUGUGGAAGUUGUAACUAGAGGAUGCCAACAUCAGCUUGGUGGUGGAUGGAGCAGCUGUGUCACACCUUCAAGGGUAUAAACGCUGUAUAUGAUUGUAUUGAUGACAUGGGAAUAAUGUGCUUUGUGGGCCGUCAGAAUUCUUUGGGGUUUGGGGUUUUUUGUUGUGGUAGCAGUCAAUGAUUUCCCUGCUAGCACUUUCUGUGUAUUAUAGGUCUUUCUAUAAUGUAAGUAUAGUUUUGAUACUGGUUUUGUAACCAUGGAGUUGACUUGUAUGGAAAAAAAAGUGCUGUUCGUUUGCUUUCUUUGCAUUUUUUGAGCAAAGGGGUUUGCAUGUCUCUGCAGACCACACUGUAUUGCUUUGAAGUGUCACAAAUGAAAACUAAGUCAAUAUUUUUAAUGCUCUAAGUGGACUGUAAAUAAAAGCAGUGUAAUCUG